CCCCUUUAUUUUUGCACGUUUAGUGUGAAUUGUGAGCUGUUUGAGUGCCUUUCUAGCUGAAAAGCCCGUGCUUGAACGGCUGAUUUAUCUGGGUUUUAAUAAAACCUUAUCAUUUUGUGUUCGAUUGAGUCAUUUCAGAUUUGAAGGCAUCCAAAUCUAGCCAUGGCGUGUAAAAAAGGGUUAAUUUUCGCUUCGUCGGUGAAGAACUGGCUUCCUCCCCCAUCAUUCACUGCGGCUCCAAUUUGGGAUUUUUCACGAAAAUCCGUGUAAAACAGACCAAUUACUAGCUGCCUUGUAUUCUAUGCAAAUCUCGUUCACUCCUCGUUGCAAAUUCUUCAAAAUUUAUAGUAUAUUUAGUUCUGAUUACACAUUUUUUAGCAAAAAAUGGAGAAAAAUGGGGCAGAUAACUUUAGGGAAAUGGUCAGGAAAAUGCUUCCACCAGGUGCCCCCUUACCAGAUGAGGACAAAAUGGACUACUCGAUUGCCCUCGAGUACAGUGGGCCACCUGUCCCAUAUGACCUCCCAAGAGCCGAGCCCCUCGACUUGAAUCCUGACCAAAUCCCUACUGCCGACCCACUCUCCGAAUCCCGAGGUUCGAUCUCCCGCAACUCGGCCCCUGUGAUGGACCCAAUCCCUUUUCCCAGAAGAAGACUGUCACAAAGUACCGAAUCAGUUGUGUCCGUUUUACAAAACGAUGAUUUUUACUCUCGUUCGGGCUCAGGCUCGGGCUCGGGCUCGGGCUCAAUUCAUAUCCACAGCCGUAAGGGCAGUGCCCCUCCAAACGAGAUAAGGCGGCCAAUGGUGGUGACUUUUAACACGGGCGAUAGGUCCGAAAGGCGAUUGGCUGAUGGCGAAAAGCAGGUUUUCCCCGAAUAUGUCGUGGGCUUAGCCAAGGAGAAAAAGAAGAGAAAAAAGGCGAGGGUUUGCUAUAGGUGUGGGAAAGGGAAGUGGGAAGCUAAAGAGUCUUGUUUGGUCUGCGAUGCGAAAUAUUGCAGUAACUGCGUGCUUCGAGCAAUGGGCUCGAUGCCCGAGGGGCGAAAGUGUGUGACGUGUAUUGGGGAGCCGAUUGACGAGCUGAAAAGGUGCAGAUUGGGUAAACACUCGAGGGUUUUGUCUCGUUUGUUAAGUCCGUUGGAAGUUAAGCAUAUUAUGAAGGCUGAGAAGGAGUGUGCUGCUAAUCAGCUUCGGCCAGAGCAGUUGAUUGUGAAUGGGUAUCCUUUGAAAUCGGAGGAGAUGGCGGAGCUUUUCGGGUGCCCAUUGCCGCCUAGGAAGUUGAAGCCUGGCAGGUAUUGGUAUGACAAGGAAUCGGGUCUUUGGGGAAAGGAGGGAGAGAAGCCUGAUAGAAUUAUUAGUUCGAAUUUGAAUUUCACGGGAAAACUGAGCCCGAACGCGAGCAAUGGGAGUACUGAGGUGUACAUGAAUGGUCGAGAGAUCACGAAGCUUGAACUGAGAAUACUGAAGCUUGCAAAUGUACAAUGCCCUCGUGAUACCCAUUUUUGGGUUUAUGACGACGGUCGAUAUGAGGAGGAAGGCCAAAAUAAUAUUAGAGGAAAUAUCUGGGAAAAGGCAUCAACUCGGUUCAUGUGCUCCUUGUUCUCUUUACCUGUACCUCAAGGUCAGCCUCAUGGGCACAAGGAUGAGCCUAGCAACUAUAUGACUGUUCCAAAUUAUCUCGAGCUGAAAAAAAAGAUCCAGAAGCUUCUUCUUCUUGGACUUCAAGGCUCUGGUACCAGCACCAUUUUCAAGCAGGCCAAGUUUUUGUACGGGAACAAAUUUACCUCUGAGGAGCUACAGGAUAUCAAACUCAUGAUACAGAGCAAUAUGUAUAAGUAUCUCAGCAUCUUGCUUGAUGGUCGAGAGCGCUUUGAAGAGGAAGCUUUAUUAGAGAGAAGAAAGCAAGCUUCUAACAAAGACGUUGCUGAAGAAGGGGAAGUCGCUGAUGAUAGUAAUAACCAGUGCAUUUAUUCUCUCAACCCAAAGUUGAAACAUUUUUCUGAUUGGCUGCUCGAUAUCAUAGCCACUGGGGACUUGGAUGCAUUUUUUCCAGCAGCAACACGUGAAUAUGCCCCACUUGUUGAGGAAGUAUGGAGAGAUCCUGCUAUUCAGGAGACUUACAAGAGAAAGAAUGAGCUCCACUUUCUUCCAGAUGUAGCUGAGUACUUCUUGGGCAGGGCGGUUGAAAUUUCGAGCAACGAGUAUGAGCCUUCAGACAAAGAUAUACUGUAUGCUGAAGGGGUGACUCAAGGUAAUGGGUUGGCUUUUAUGGAGUUCUCAUUGGACGAUCGGAGUCCAAUGUCCGAAACUUACACGGAAAAUCUAGAAUCGGCUCCCCCACUGUCCAAGUUCCAACUGAUCCGAGUAAACGCCAAAGGCAUGAACGAGGGUUGCAAGUGGGUCGAGAUGUUCGAGGAUGUCCGAGCAGUCGUCUUCUGCGUCUCUUUGAGCGAUUACGAUCAGGUGUGGGCAUCCCCAGACACAUCCAUCCCUGCACCCCACCUCUCGAACCAGAUGAUCCAAAGCCGGGACCUUUUCGAGUCUGUGGUCAAACACCCGUGUUUCAAGAACACACCUUUUGUCCUCGUCUUAAACAAAUACGACUUAUUCGAGGAAAAAAUCAACCGGGUCCCACUGGGCUCGUGCCCUUGGUUCACCGAGUUCAGCCCAGUUAGGCCCCACCACAACACACAGUCCCUGGCCCAACAGGCCUACUUCUAUGUUGCCAUGAAGUUCAAGGAGCUUUACGCGUCCUUAACGGGCCAGAAGCUUUUCGUUUGGCAAACAAGGGCCUUGGACAGGCCCACUGUAGACGAGGCCUUUAAGUACAUACGUGAGGUUGUUCGGUGGGAUGAUGAGAAGGAGGAAGGCUACUAUGCGGCCGGUGGGGAGGACUCGUUUUACAGCACAACGGAUGUGAGUUCUCCACCGUUAGUCCGCCAGGAAUAAUGAAGAGAGAAAAAAAAAAAUCGGGAGGGGCAAAAGCACGACUCUCGAGAAAAAAAAUUGCUGUUGUAUAUAGGAGGAUGAAUAAAGCUUUUUUCGCGCUUGUGGUGUCGGAAAGUGGUCUUCUGUGUUAUGUAUGUGUUAGUUGGCUGUUGGGAGAUUAGGAUGUGUAGUUGAUUUAUCUAUAUUCUUAGGAGAUGUUAAAAGUCUGCAAGUGUUGUGAUAAUCCUUUUUCUGUUUUGUGUUUUGUGUAAGUUUUAGAUUUUAUUGAAACUUUGAGAUGGGAAUAUGUGUGCUUAAUUUGAAAUGUAAUAAACUGUGCCCAGUAUUGGACAAUGUGUAUGACCACAUUUGGAGAUGCUGUAAUUAAGAUACAGUUUGAUUUUCUUUAGCACUGUGUUGGGUUGUUUUUGGUGGUUGAAAAUAAUAAGUUAAGUUUGUUUCUGAG